GGCUGCAGGGCUGCCAGAAACACCGGGAACACCGGUGCUGUCGGUAAUACCGGGAACGCCGUACCAGCUGCCGGUAAUCCUGGGAAUACAGUGACACCGGGACUGCCCGGGCUGCCGGUACCGCGGAGUCGGGAUCCGGGUCUCCAGCUCAGCCUGAGAUGCACCUCAGCACCGGGAGCGCUGGUUGCAGGCUGGUAGGAGCAGCCAUGAGGGACAUGCUUGGAUCUGGAUGCCUUGGGAGCCUUGUCCAACUCGCCUGGGUGUGCCUGUUCUCCAUGCCGCACGGCGGGGCCAAGGUGCUGGAGAAGACCUUUGAGGAGUGGCUGCGGUACCGUGACGAGUGUCUGAGGAGGAUGGCGAGCGAGCCCUACCCCGCAGGGCUGUUCUGCAACCGGACAUUCGACAUGUAUGCCUGCUGGCCCGACGGGAGCCCUGGCACCGCUGUGAACGUCUCCUGCCCCUUCUACCUGCCCUGGUUUGAGAAAGUGAAACACGGGCUGGUGAGUCGCCGGUGCGGUGCCGACGGGCAGUGGGUGAUGGUGAAUGGCAGCCAGCCCUGGAGGGACUACUCACAGUGUGAGGAGGAGAUGGAGGUCACCGCUGAGGAGGAGCGUGCCCGCAGGCUGAUGGUGAGCUUCAAGGUGCUCUACACCGUGGGGUACUCGCUGUCACUCCUCACCCUCAUCUCUGCCCUGCUCGUCCUCACCGUCUUCAGGAACCUCCGCUGCACCAGGAACUACAUCCAUGCCAACCUUUUCGCCUCCUUUGGCCUGCGGGCGACCUCGGUGAUGGUGAAGGACGCGCUGCUGGAGCGGCGCUGGGGCGUGGAGCUGGGGCAGGUGGCUGACUGGGAGAACCUGCUGAGCCACGAGGCUGCGCUGGGGUGCCGGGUGGCGCAGGUGCUGAUGCAGUACUGCAUCCUGGCCAACCACUACUGGUUCCUGGUUGAAGCCAUCUACCUCUACAAGCUGCUCAUCGGGGCCGUGUUCUCCGAGAAGAAUUACUACAGGCUCUACCUCUACCUGGGCUGGGGGACCCCUGUGGUGUUCGUGGUGCCCUGGAUGGCUGCCAAGUACUUGAAGGAGAAUGCAGAGUGCUGGGCACUGAAUGAGAACAUGGCUUACUGGUGGAUCAUCCGCAUCCCCAUCCUGCUUGCCUCCCUGAUCAACCUGCUCAUUUUCAUGCGGAUCCUCAAGGUGAUCCUGGCCAAGCUCCGAGCCAACCAGAAGGGCUACGCUGACUACAAGCUGCGGCUGGCCAAAGCCACCCUCACCCUCAUCCCUCUCUUUGGUAUCCAUGAGGUUGUCUUCAUCUUCGCCACCGACGAGCAAACCACGGGCAUCCUGCGCUACAUCAAGGUGUUCUUCACCCUCUUCCUCAACUCCUUCCAGGGUUUCCUGGUGGCCGUGCUGUACUGCUUUGCCAACAAAGAGGUGAAGUCUGAGAUGAAGAAGAAGUGGCAGCUCUGGAAACUCGACUACCCAGUGCUCUGCUGUGCCCAGUGAUGCAGUGACUGCCCGCAGAGCCAGGGCACAGGG